CCUGUUUCACCUGCUCGGCAGGUACCAGACGAUUCAACAUGGAGGACAAACACAAACCUUCGACAUAAACAACAGAAGUAAACUCGUCUAUAUUCUCUGUAAUGUGAUGAGAUAUGAGCUGAACUCGACGAUGGAUUCACACAGAAGCUCGUUUAAAGGAUUAUCGUCGUGUGUUGUGUUUGUUUGCGUUCUGCUGAGUGAUGUGUGUUGCAUCACACUCAAAGCUCCUGCAGAGAUCAGCGUCAUCAGAGGAGCGACAGUGACCCUGUCCUGCACCUUCACCUCCUCCAGCCGGGUCACCAGUCUCAUGUCUGUCGACUGGACCUUCAGACCACAGAGCGGUGGUCCUGCCAAACUGUUUUUUCACUUCUCGUCUCAAGCGUACCCCCCUGAUGAUGAUCAUUUCAGAGGUCGUGUGAAGUGGGUGGGCAGUCCGUCACGAGGUGAAGCAUCCAUUCAGCUUCUGAACACAUCGCUCACAGAUAACGGCACGUAUGGCUGCACCGUACGCAACCCACCUGACAUCCAGGGCAGCCCCGCCCUCACCGUCCUCACCGUCUCCCCAAAGAGAUUGUCUUUGGCGUUCACAGAUGUGGCUGUGCUGCUGGUGUUUGUUUUGGUUCCGUCAGGUCUGAUCACUCUGGUUCUGCUGUGCCGGAUGCUCUGUCCCUGCUGGUCUGUAUCAGACGAAAGUGAUGCUGUGACCCAUCACUCACCCAUCGAGGUCAUCUCUGGAGAGGAGUAUUUUUACAAACAGAAGACGGUUUGCUGCUGUUACUUAAAGGACUCAUAUUAUGAACCCGACUACACGCUACACGAGAAAGAGAUCACCGAGUCACAGUGUUAAAACAUCUCUGUGUUUGUGUUAUCAUGUAUAAAGUUUUGUUGUUGAUCUGUACUUCAUCAUAGACUCAUCCAUAAAAUAUAUUCACAGUCUAGUAUUUUAAGCUUUAGUUUAAUGCCGGUCCUCAGUCUUGAUAAACUUAUGAAUUAUUUCUCAUAACUGCUGAAAAUUUAUUUUUUGUACUCGCCCAUAAACUGCCAUGUUUUGUUAUGCUAAAUGUAUUAGCUGUCUACUGUUGAGGGGCUUUUGUAAUAUGUUCAGCAUUAGGACAUUAUAAUUAAAUCUCAUUUGAAUGAAAGACUGAGUUAAUAAUGCA